AUGUCACCUGUCUCCAGACUUCCACCGUCCUACAUCCCAACCCUCGGCACUGAGCGCACCACUCCGCCGCCCUCAUACCGUGCAUCCACCCAACACAAGCCGUCGCUAGAUCUCUCUCAACGUUUUGAGAAAAAGUUGGCGGAAUACAAUGCGUCUCAGAACAUCUUGAAGCGUUGGCUGUUCGAGAUUGUCAGCUUGACCAUCAGCGCGAUCUGUAUGGGAUCCAUAAUUGGCAUAUGCAUCUACACCAAGGACCAGCCUCUCAGCGACUGGCCACUCGCGUCGACCGCCCAAAACGUACUAUCCAAGAUCGCCUCGGCCGCCCUGAUUCUCCCAAUAUCUGAAGCCAUUGGCCAGCUCAAAUGGGCCUGGUUUCACGGCACCAAAUCGAAAGACAUGAUCGAUUUCGAGAUAUUUGACAAAGCUUCUCGUGGAGCCUGGGGUUCGUUCCUACUGCUCUUUCGCACCAAGGGCCGAUCUCUGGCUGCGCUCGGCGCUGUCCUCACGCUACUCUUGUUAGCUGUCGAUACUUUCUUCCAACAAGUCACCGAUCUUCCUGAACGUUGGAAUCUCGACGGCUAUGGCGAGAUACCUCGUGUGGUUCGAUACGAAGGCGAUAACGGAGAUAUAUACGAGGAUGGCUAUCCGAACACCAUGCAAGACAUAAAUCUACGCCAAGCUACACUGAAGUACUUCUACUACAAUGGGAACAAGGCCGUGCCGUUCGGGUCGGGAAACCGAUCAGAGAUACCGCUAUCAUGUCCGUCAAGUCGAUGCGAAUGGGACGAAUACGAUACGCUAGGGGUGUGCAGUGCUUGCGAGGAUGUCUCUGAGCUUCUCACAUAUGCAUGUCUUACGACCAACUUGGACUGGAUAUCCAGCGCGUUCCGGAAUACGACGACUCAGUCAAUAGGAAGCUCUUGUGGUUAUUGGAUAAAUGCCACGAGUGAAGCACCAAUCCUAAUGUCUGGCUUUAGAACCGGCACUGCUGCUGCUAACUCGUCAGACAAAGACGAGGCACUGCUACUACGGACGUUGCCAUUAUCACCAGCUGUCAGUUCCGUCAAUCCGCUUUCGGCAACUCCACUGUUUGGUGGGUCGAUAAAUUACAAGGACAUCUACUUACCUUUCCUGGACGCUAUAAUUGUCAGUGCAGCUGACGGCACUGCUUCCAGUGUAUAUAAUGGCGAACGUCCGGUUGCUCAAGAGUGCAUGCUCUCGUGGUGUGUCAAGACUCUCAAAUCUACUUACGAUUCGGGAGACUACGAAGAAACGGUGAUUAAGACAUUUCUUAACAGGACAGCUCGUCAGCGGUCCUAUCCGUGGACUGGUUGGCCGGUAUGGUCCCUGGGUGAGGAGACCUUCUUCUCAGAAUUUCGAGGAAACCUCAGCAUACACCCUCCUGGAACCGAUCCAACGAUUGAUGACUUCGGCAUGUCAAACGAGACCUUCGCAAGGACUCAAGCGCUAUUCGAUGAAAUAUUCCCCUCCACUAUCACCGUCGCUAAUGCUGUGUCGAAACCUUGGUGGCGCAUUAGAAUCUCUGAAUGGGGUCGCAACCAACUGCAUCCUUUCACGUUUUGCCCAUGGCUUGCGCCAAACAACGUUACUCAGUACCUCGAAAGGCUUGCAACCUCCAUGACUAAUGUUCUCAGAACGCACAAUAGCCACGACUUUGUUCGAGGGCGAGCCUAUUCUCAGACUACCUUUAUUGCUGUUCAUUGGGAAUGGCUCACAUUCCCUCUUACUCUCUUUUUGUUUAGCCUGCUCUUCCUUGCAGCGACUAUCUAUAAGACAUCCAAGACUGUGGACAGUGGAAUGGGGUUAUGGAAAACUUCAGCCAUGCCCACGCUACUAUACAGUCUACCGAAAGACACGCAAGAGGCUGUUGCUUCUCAAGGUGGAUGGAAGAAAAGUCCUGAUGAAGACUCAAAGAAAGUCAAGAUCCGCUGGCUACCGAAGCAUGGUUGGCGAGUCUCAGGUCAAGUGCGUAUGUCGUCGUCACCAAACACGAACAACAACCGGAGAGCACCUCCGGGGUGGAUCUGA